GCAGCGCCGCGCUCCCCGCGGCCGCGCCGGGUCGGGAGCUUCCAGGCGCCGCCGUCGUCGCCUGUCACCGCCCGGCUCCGCUUCGCCGCGACGAGAUCCCCGCGCUGGCCAAGGAUUUUUAGAGUGCCUCAGACAACAUCCCAAAUGGAUCAUUAACUUCACAAUGGCAGAACUCACAGUGGAGAGUGGCAGCUGCAUGGACUGGCAAAAACGAUGCCUUGCUUUGGAGGCCCAGCUCUUCAAAUUCCGCUUGCAGGCAAGCAAGAUCCGAGAAGUGUUAGCUGAGAAGAUGCAGGAAUUGGAACAGAGAGUGAUAGAAGCAGAGCAAAGAGCUGAGGAUGCAGAGAAACAGGUCAGAGUUAUGGAAGAGAAGAUAAAAUUCACCAAUGUGAAGACCAGUGAAUUCGACACCACUCUGCACAGGAAAUACCAAGAGCUGGUGGGCAUAUUGCAAGGAAAGGAAGAUCUAAUCAGUAGAUUGGAGACACAGCUAGCAAAACAGAAACAGCUGAGGACUGAGGAAGCCAAAAUUGUUCAAGAGAAAGCCGCCAAGAUCAAAGAGUGGGUAACAUUUAAGCUGAGAGAGCUUGAACUAGAAAAUUACCACCUGAAAAACUGUAAUCAGAGGCUGACAGAGCAAAUCGAAGCCCUUCAAGACACAUUGCAAGACAUGCCCAGCAUUCCUCCCUUCCAAUCUUCUUGGAGUUGUAAUUCUCUGAAGCCCAGAGCAUCACCCUCUUUUGCUGACAAGAUAGACCAGAAGUCUGAGCUCCUUACACCUGGUUUCAGGCCUACAAAGCAUGCCCUCUCUACAGGAAACAUAGUCCUUGCCAAUGACACCUUUACUGAGGAUGAAGAGGAUAAAUCUCUGCUUUCCCAGAGCACACUGAAGCUUAUGUCUGAGCCAUCAAGCUGGAAUCUCUCCACAGAGAAAGAUGUAUUCCCACCCAUAAGUCCUGAACACAGGCUAGAAUGCUCUGACCCCACAUCACUGGACCCUCCAGCCUCAGCCCCAAGAAUCCUUGAGGCUUUGACUUUCCAGUCAUCUUUGGAAGGAAACCAGAGCUCUGUGAGCACCUUGCAACAGGUAGCUUUAGACGGCAGCCGCUGCCUCUUCGCUGCUGAUCUGAGUGCCAGGUUCCACUCCCACCAGUUGGACUCCUCUUCCUCAGGAAAAAUAACCACCAUGCUUGAAGGCCAUCUUCAGACUACUAAGCCACCCUUGGUUGUGUCAACAUCAACUGUUACAGCACAUGCCCUGUGUCCAGGGAGGGAACAUGGCCUUGGCAGUAGCAUGACCUUUCCAAAAACACGAAAUCCUAGUACACCCAGAGACAGUAUCCAGCUGGCCAAGAGACAUUACAGCCAGCCACAGCCAGGGGCUAGUUCUUUCCAUCGUGUGGUGAGCUUAGAGGCUAGCACCUUCCAGCCCAUAACAGGCUCUCCAGUCUGCCAUGGGCAAGUCAAGGAGACAGAUAUUGAUGAUAAUGGGGUACUGGAGAAGAUGGAGACAGAACAUGACCUGGUGUGUGAAGAAGCUGGAGCAUGUGAAGAAAUCAACCACUUAUUUGCAGGACAAAGAGAAACUGGGAGCUCUAAGGCUGGCAUGCUUGACCCAGGAGCUAAACCACCCACUCCACCACUACACAGAUUGCCAUCAUGGGAGAGCCGAAUCUAUGCUGUGGCCAAAUCUGGCAUGAGAUUGUCUGAAGUGGCCGUGGCAGGUGAUGCUUCCAGCUGCUUAUCCAAUUUCUCCUGUUCUCCUUCUGGGCCAUUUACCUGUCUGAUCUACAGAAAUGUGACAGUGCCAGUCUACACUACGCUGAAGGGGAAGGCCACUCAAAUCAGCAAUGUGCCUUUCGUAGAUGAGUCUUCAGGCUCUGAUGAUGACUGUGGCUCCCAUGCCAGCUUCAGGACUUCCACUGCUGUAUCUGAGAACAGGAAAUCCAGCAUGCCAGGGAGCCCUCGUGCAGUGAAGAGAGGUGUAUCUAUGUCCUCACUGAGCUCUGAGAGUGACUAUGCCAUCCCUCCUGAUGCCUAUUCCUUGGAUGGUGACUAUUCAGAGCCAGAGCAUAAGCUACAGCGAACCUCAUCCUAUUCCACUGAUGGUGGAAUCUGCACUGAACCCAUGGAAAAGUCAGGUUACUUGCUGAAAAUGGGAAGCCAGGUGAAGAUGUGGAAGAGACGAUGGUUUGUUCUAAGAAACAGACAGAUAAUGUACUACAAGUCUCCGAGUGAUGUUAUCCGCAAACCACAAGGGCAGAUGGAGCUGAAUUCCUCCUGCCAAAUUGUCAGAGGGGAAGGGUCCCAGACAUUCCAGCUUGUGACAGAAAAGAGAACCUACUUCUUGACAGCAGACUCUCCCAACAUCCUGGAGGAAUGGAUUCAUGUCCUACAAAGUAUUCUAAGAGUGCAAGUGACCAGUUCUGUUGGUGUUCCCCAUAGUGAUGCAAAACCUACUGUGAAGGGUUGGCUCACCAAGGUCAAGCAUGGUCACUCCAAGCUGGUCUGGUGUGCACUGGUUGGAAAAACUUUCUACUAUUAUCGAAAUCAUGAAGAUAAGUGUCCCCUAGGGUACCUGCCUAUGCGUGAGUCCAAAGUGGAAGAAGUGGACCGUUCCUGUGACUCUGAUGAAGAUUAUGAAGCUACAGGUGGAGGACUUCUCUCAUCCCACUCUACGUUGGUGAUUCACCCACAGGACCAGAGUCCUACAUACUUACUUAUUCGUACCAAACAGGAGAAGAAUACCUGGCUCUACCAUCUGACCGUAGCAGCUGGUAGCAGUAACACCACAGUGGGUACAUCAUAUGAACAACUCAUUGGAAAACUAUUGGACACAGAGGGAGACCCUAAUUCUCCUCUCUGGAAACAUCCUAUGUUGUGCUACAGUAAAGAUGGGUUGCACACAUCUCUCACCACUCUGCCAUCUGAAGCUCUGCAGACUGAAGCUCUGAAACUCUUUAAGUCCUGUCAGCUGUUCAUCAAUGUUCCUGUGGAGGCAUCAUCUAUUGAUUACCAUGUGUCACUUGCCCAAACAGCACUGCAGGUCUGCUUGACACACACUGAGCUGCAGAACGAAAUUUACUGCCAGCUUGUUAAACAGACCAGCUGCCGCCAGCCCCAGAACCACUCAGUCAUUCAGUGCUGGCAACUCCUGGCUUUGUGUGCUCCUCUGUUCCUGCCUCAACAUCACUUCCUCUGGUACAUCAAACAGCACUUUCAGCGACAUGCAGAUCCCAGGAGUGAAAUAGGCAAGUAUGCCAUCUACUGCCAGAGAUCAGUAGAGCGCACUGUGCAGACCGGGGAGCGGGAAGCCAAGCCCUCCCGCAUGGAGAUUGUAUCCAUCCUGCUGAGAAAUCCUUACCACCACUCGCUCCCCUUCAGCAUCCCUGUGCACUUCAUGAACGGAACCUACCAGGUUGUAGGUUUCGAUGGUUCCUCAACGGUUGAUGAAUUCAUCCAGCGACUCAACCAGGAGACAGGAAUGAGGAAGCCAUCCCACAUGGGAUUUUCUUUGUUCACAGAUGAUCCUUCUGGAAAGAAUUUGGAACAUUGUCUGCAGGGCAACGUGAAGAUCUGUGAUGUCAUUUCUAAAUGGGAACAAGCCUUAAAAGAGUUGCAUCCUGGGAAAUAUGAAGGUGGCACACGAAUAGUGAAGCUGACCUACAAGAACAGGCUAUACUUUCGGAGCCAGGCCAGAGGUGAGACAGACCGUGAGAGAUUGCUACUGGCCUUCCAAGUCAGCAAUGAAAUUGCCAAUGGAAGGUUUCCUGUUAAUAAGGAAUUAGCUCUGGAAAUGGUGGCUCUGAUGGCUCAGGUGGAAUAUGGGGAUUUGGAUCGACCAGGAUCUUCAAGUCCUGGGGGAACUUCACCAUCAAAAAUGCAGCACCUUCUCCAGCAGGUCUUAGAUAAAUUCUACCCGAAACGUUACAAGCAAAACAUUACUCCUGAACAGCUCAGGCAACUGGCUGACAGGCUGGCAGUGAAGUGGAUGGUACUGCAGGGAUGCUCUCCACCGGAAUGCAUUCGCAUUUAUUUGACGGUGGCCCGGAAAUGGCCUCUCUUUGGAACCAAAUUAUUUGCUGCUAAGCCUGUUUUACCUUCCUUGUUGGAAGACUAUCCAGUCUGGAUAGCUGUGAAUGAAGAUGGUAUCAGCAUACUGGAUUACAACACUAUGCACUUGAAGGUCUCUUAUCCAUACUCCUCUGUGCUGACCUUUGGAGGUUGUCGAGAUGACUUCAUGAUUGUAGUUGGUCAAAUGAAAGAAAGGAGCUCUGGGAAAAAGAGCACUGAAAAACUCCUUUUCACAAUGGCAGUUCCAAAGAUCGUUGAAGCAACACUUCUCAUCGCCAGCUACAUUAACUGCCGCUCAGCACCUUCACUCCUCUCUUCUACACAGCCCUGCCGAAGCAAGACGCCAGCUAACAAGCUCUGGGAGACUGAAAGUCGGUGCUUUUUCCCUUCCAUGCCCCGAAGCACAAAGGGGCCCACCCUGCUGUGAGAGCUCAUUCCAAAUUGCAUAGGGCAUUUGGGGUGGUUUUGGUUUGGGUUUUUGUUGUUUCAGGGUUUUUUGACUGCUCUGUAUGGAAUUGCAGACUGCUAUGAUUUUGCUGGCUCACACCUUUAGUGCAGCCUUUGGCUCUUCCCCAGUGAUAGACAAAAGUUCUCUAAGGAGGGUUGAGGCAGUAUCCUUUAAAAAAAAAUACUGAUUUGGGGGACUGUGCAGCAGUUUCUUUUCCGUGGCACACUCCAGCCAAAUUACUGUGCCUCAGGUCAUUUACCAGCACAGUGCUCCAGCCAGAUUACAUCUGCUUUCUUUCCUUCCCACCUCCUGAUCUCACUCCUUUACUUACAAACAUCCACCUUUUCCUUGGCCCCUCCUGUUUUCAGCUUUACACCUGCCUUUAAGUCACUGCACAUCCUCUGUCUGAAAUCUCAGUCCAGCUCUUAACAUUUCUGGUGACCUCUAUUCCAUGCCAGAGCCCCUUUUAGUUAUUAUUUCCAGUGGCCUUCUGUUCACAACACUCCCCAACUGGCUAACUUUCUACUCGAAUUAGGCUGCAGCCUCUGCGGGGCAGAUUGAAGUGGCAUACAGGCUUGAGUCUGACUGCAGGGAGCUGAGCACACAGUUUUGUAAAGGGAACACAAGUGGUAAUGGAUGCUGCUGUGUGGCACGACCCCUGAGCAAGGAUGCAUGCUCUCAAAGACUGCCUGUCUUAGGAGCUGCACAGCACAGAAUCACAGGAUGUUACGUGUUGGGAGGAAUCUCCAUAGAUCAUUGAGUCCAACCCUGCUGCCACAGCAGGUCACACAGGAACACGUCCAGAGAGGGCUGGAAAGGCUCCAGAGAAGGAGACUCCACAACCUCUGUGGGCAGCCUGUGCCAGGGUUGUGGGACCCUUACAGUCAAGAAGUUCUUCUUCGUGUUGAGGUGGAGCUUCCUGUACUGCAGUUUCCACCCAUUGCCUCUUGUUCUAUCGCAGGGUGGAGGUGAGCAGAGGCUGUCCCUUCCUUCCUGACCCCCAGCCCUCACAUGCAGUCACCUAUCCACCUCCUGAUCCCACAGGGCAGGGGCUCUGUCAGCACACCACGACUCCAUCUCUUGCUUGGCUGAAGGUCACCAGGGCAGCAGAGCCAGCAUUACCAGCAUGGGCUGGACCAGGAUCACGAGAGAGGCCUGAACACUGAGGGUCCUCUUCACCCCUGGCACCUUCUCAGCCUGCUGCUGGUUCCUCAGCACUCGCUCCACCAUGUCCUGCAGAUUGCACAACACUUUGAAGGCCUCAUGUUGGGAUCCAAAGCGCCCAACACAUGUUUUGCUCCACUGCACUAUAAGCUAGAUACACUCUGGUAGCAGCCUGAUACAAAAAUUACC